AUGCCAACGAUGGACAUUGAGAUGAGCGAGCUGGAGCAGGUGCAUCCAUUACAGACACAAUUUGAGGAUGCAGAGGACGUCGUGUCAAUGAUGUCGUCUAACACGUCACCUGACGUUGCUAUUCAGUCUUUCCAGACCAUCAUUUCCUACGACAGAGAAGAUGCGACACUGGAGCAAGUACAACGUGUAAAAGAACAUUCCAUCUACAAAUUGGCUCAAUUGUACAUUCAAUUUGGCCGUGAGAAGGAGCUCGCGACGCUGCUGCAGUCGCUCCGACCAUUUUUCGCCACAUUGGCCCGUGCGAAAACCGGUAAAAUCGUACGUACGGUGAUUGAUAUGGUGGCCAAGGUAAAAGUGCUGGAUGCAGAGAAGGCAUUGCAAUUACAAGCUGAUUUAUGUCUGGAUUCCAUCGAGUGGUGUAAACAAGAAAAACAUGCAUUCCUGCGUCAGCGUGUGGAAGCACGUCUGGCAUCCAUUUAUUUCCAGCAAGACAAGUUCCAGCCGGCUUUGGACCUUAUUACGGAGUUAUUGCGGGAGAUUAAGAAACUUGAUGACAAGCAGCUGCUGGUGGAGAUUCAUCUCGUAGAGAGCAAGCUCCAUCAUGCUCUGCGUAAUGUUCCCAAGGCCAAGGCAGCUCUGACAGCAGCACGAAGUAUCUCUAACACGAUCUACGUGGUGCCACGCACACAGGCGCAGAUUGACCAGAUGUCGGGUAUUCUUCACGCUGAGGAAAGUGAUUACAAGACGGCGUACUCGUACUUUUUCGAGGCAUUUGAGGCCCUCGCGACGCUGGAUGAGGUGGAAGGGCUGAAGUGUCUCAAGUACAUGCUGCUCGCAAAGAUUGCCAGUGGUGGCGCAAGCGAGGUGGCUCUCAUCAUUAACAGCAAACAGGCAAUGAAGUAUAUUGGCAUUGAUCUGGAAGCAAUGCAGGCUGUCGCUAAAGCGCACGAACAACGUUCUCUCGAACAGUUUGAAGCUGCCACGAAGAAAUACGCACCUCAGCUUGUAGAGGACGGACUGAUCAAAAAGCACCUGGGCAAGCUUUACGAGCAACUUCUUGAGAGCAAUUUGAUAAAGAUCAUCCAACCCUUUUCGUGCGUCGAGAUAGCACACGUUGCUAAGCUGAUUAAGCUGCCACUGUUGCAGAUCGAGUUGAAAUUGUCGCAAAUGAUCCUGGAUCACAAGUUCCACGGUAUCUUGGACCAGGGCAAAGGACAGUUGAUCGUCUACGACAGCCCUACUGAGGAUAAAACAUAUACCUCUGGCCUCGGUGUCAUUGAAAAUGUCGGGAGCAUUGUAGACAACCUGUUCCGGCGCGCCGACAAGCUGCAUGCAUAA